UCAUUUUCAUAAACACACAAACAAACAAAUAAAUAAAUAAAUCCUCUUUUUUUGUCGCUCAAAACAACCUCAGACUGUCUUCUGGCCCGUGCAGCUUCUCCGACAUGAGUUAACUAGCUUCCUAGGCAUCGCCUAGGCAACGAACUUCCCCCAAACAACAGCAAGCCCGGUUACCCGAGUAACGAGCCCCGGUCUCCCAGGGCAACGGUGGAUUUCAGCUGUCGGGGCUUCUCACGCGUCUUCUCUCCAUCUUAACAGACGUCGUUUAUCAUCUGACCCCAUAUGUAAUCCAAGGUGGAUCCGUGGCGUCUCACACGUGGGCCGUCGCCGUCCAAGUACGUGGGAGGCUCGAAAUUAAUUCCGGGACAAAGAAGCUUUUUUAAUAAGGGUUAGACACCGAAACAUAGACUGCAGUUGGUGCUAAUUUUUUACAGUUAGCUUAAGCUACGUGUCUUUCACGUGGUUAAAAGCUUUUUUAAAAAAACAAAAAACAAAAAAACAACUAGUUUUCUGAAGAAAAAAACAAACAAACAAAAAAAUGAGUUCAUUAGACAAGGGUCCUCUUCACACACGAGCGCAACACGCACUCGCAUAAGUUCUCGUUUUUUGAUUUGACCGUUAACGGAGUGGAUAUCCCGCUUAUAUUAUACUGUGCUGAAGCAGGCACCGCUUUAAGUCCAGAGAAGAUGAUCGCCGGUGUCAUGUAACGGGACACCGGCCGCCCGUGGCGCCUUACUGGGAGCGUUUACCCACCACAUGCGGAGUGUGUCAAUCAGCCGCGGCUUCGCGCGCAAACGGGACUCCCAACCGGGGAGACGACGGUGCUGCGCGCGAGAAUCGACAAAGCAGGUGCCUCACGCUGCGUCUUAAGCGCUCGGACGCCGGCGAGGCGAAUCCGCUCUCUUCUGCUGACAAAUAAGUCAGAAUGUCCCGGCCUGGCAGCGGAGAGUUUUGAUCCGACUGCGCAGCGAAAGAUGCCCACGCGGGACUCGACAGACCCGUCCGAACGCGCGCCUCCGGUUCCGCCGAGACGAAGUCAGAACGCGCCACCGGGUCCGCAGAUGGAAGCGAGCGGCCGGCAUUCCUGCUCCGAGGAAAGGGUGAAAUGCGUGGUCGUGGGGGACGGAGCGGUCGGUAAGACCAGCCUUAUAGUUAGCUACGCCACGAACGGAUACCCGGCGGAGCACGUCCCCACCGCCGUGGACAGCUUCUCAGUGAGGGUUGUGGUGGAUGGAAGACCGGUUCGGCUUCAGCUUUGUGACGUGGCUGGAGAGGCUGAGUUUGAGCGGCUGCGACCACUCUGCUACCGCGACACCGACGUCUUCCUGCUUUGCUACAGCGUCGUGGUGCCGCCCUCCUUCCGGAAUGUGACCGCACGCUGGGUGCCGGAAGUGCACCGCCUGUGUCCGGAUGUCCCCGUUGUCCUGGUGGGGACGCAGUCGGACCUUCGGGAGGACGUGCAGGUGCUGAUCCGGCUGGCACGGGAACAGGAACAGCCGGUCGGGCAGGACGAGGCCCGGCUGUGCGCGCGGACCGUGGGUGCGGUGGCAUUCGCGGAAUGCUCCGCACUCACGCAGAAGAACCUGAAAGAGGUGUUCGACAUGGCCAUCGUUGCCAGCCUUCAACAUGCAGAAGCAGGGCAGGGGGCAGGGCUCACACCGAGGGGAAAAACUCCCAAUAAGAUUAGACAGCUGCCGGAGACCUGGUGGAGGAAGCUCAGCUGUUUCAUGUGAGGACUUUGGUGUUAAUAUUUGCUAAAGGGGAGUGUAUAUGCUUCACACACACACACACAGAUGUUGAUCUGCCCCUUAGACAGAUUCUUGGCAGCAGCAUGACUCAGGUCUUGUUCAUCAAGUACACAGGAAUCAGAUUUGUCCUUUAAUAUUUCCUCUUUAUUUAAACCCUGGGAAGGCAUGUCAUACGAAUCCUUACAUUGAAAAGCAACCUAUACCUGCCCAGAUAUGGUCUGGUGAUUCCACUCAGAUGGAUUCUACGUUGCGACAAAGACAUCAAGACUACAUGACCGGUGUCUUAAGGACGAGGCUGGGAAUGAUAGCAGAGAUUAAACAGGCAUCCGCCUUGUAAUGACUUAUUACCCACUGUUUUAAUGUUCAUUUAGAACAGUAUAUAGUAAAGCUAUUUAUUUUUAGUUUAUUAUUAUUUAUUGUAUACUUUAGAAUAACUGGCACUUGGGUUUGAACUGUAGAACAGAAGCCUGCUAUCUCCUUGAAUUAAAUGUUUUGUAUUUAUGUUAUUUAAUUUUCGUAAAUAAAUACCAAACCUAACCACUGACUCUGGACUGAACACCAGUGGCAUGACAGGACUGAUGACACUAAUGAUCAAAGGCCAAUCAUUUGCUAAGAAAUGACAUUUUACUUGCAGCAAACUUGGGAAUGGGCGUGUCUGUUGAGCGGGUAGUGUCUGUCAUAUCUAAUGAAAGCUCAUGUGUG